AUGACGACGCCCACUUCUAAAGUGAUGGAUCGCUACAAAUCACCGCUGGAGGCGAUCAAGGACGAUGGGCUUUGGCCUUUCAUCAAAGACGCUGUCUCGGGCCAAACUGGUCAAAUCGUGAAGGUGCUUCUUCCAGAUCGAAAGACUGAUCGCGCGGCAGGAUCCGCCUCUAGCCUUGGGCUUAGUGUUGCGAAGACCGGCUUCUCUAAAGUGACUGUCCAGUCACUCUUACUGCAGCUCACGACAUGCACCAUCGCACAAUCGGCUAUGUCACAACGCGCACACAAAUUUGACGACACUCACAGGCAGAGUAUCAAUGUGACGCUGGCAGCUAAUCAUGAGGUUUGCGAGAUCAUCCAAACCGAUCGACAGGAGUACGACGAUGACUAG